AUGUCCUCCCAACAAGGCCAAGGCCUCCGCAUAGCAAUGGGCUGCGACGAAGCAGGCUGCAGCUACAAAAACAAAAUCAAAUCCGACCUCGAAGCCGACCCUCGCGUCUCCUCAGUCAUCGACGUAGGCGUAAACUCCACCUCCGAUAAAACCGCCUACCCUCACCCGGCCGUCGACGCCGCAAAACUCAUCAAAGACGGCAAAGCCGAUCGCGCUCUCCUCAUCUGCGGUACAGGACUGGGAGUCGCAAUCAGCGCGAAUAAAGUCCCAGGCAUCAGAGCUGUGACGGCACAUGAUAGUUUUAGUGUGGAGAGGGCGAUUUUGAGUAAUGAUGCGCAGGUGUUGUGUAUGGGUGAGAGGGUGAUUGGGUUGGAGUUGGCGAGGAGGUUGGCGAAGGAGUGGAUUGGGUAUAAAUUUGAUCCUUCGAGUGCGAGUGCUGCGAAGGUUGAGGCGAUUAUGGAGCAUGAGAAGAAGAAUUUUGCCGAGUUGGCGAAGUAG